ACUAUUUCUUGACGUAAUCCGUCUCUGUCGGUCCCGACGCUCCCGCAGUGUCUGCGCGAGCCGAGAUCAGCGAUUGUCAGUUCGGAACGUGGCUUUUAAAAAUGCGUUUUUAAAUAGUGUGUAUCUUGAAGAAGUGGAGGAGAGAUCUACACAACUUAAGUGGGGUGUCCCCACCCCAUCUUCCUGCUCAGCCUCCUUCGCCCCCAGCUCCACCUCUGCGACACUUCCCCUACCCCCACCCCCCAAAAAAGAAGUCACUCCCGGGCUCUGUCUACAGAGAGCCAGGGUGAGAGCGGGCAAGGCGAGAGAGCGACCUCGGUCGUGGGCAAGUAGCUUGUUUUUACGUCCUUCAAUAAAAUUUUUAUGAGGAUCAUUUGAUUGUUCAUAAAUGUGUCUUUCAUUAAAUAAAAUUGUAGGCUGUUUUUGGAACGGGAAAAAAGCAACGGAGGGACGGGAGAAAGCAAUUUCUUUGGGGUCGGAUGCAGGAAUUCCAGAGGGGGCAGUGUGAUUGUAGAGGAAUAUCAGACAACUUGGAUUCCUCCCCCCAAUAAGUUGGUUGCUACCCUCCUCCUUCAACUGGGGAUUUGUGCCCAGCCCUCUGCUUUCCAUCAGACUGUCCCAUGGUGGUGUAGUAAAGGGGGGCUUUAGCCAAGCAGGAAAUCCUCAGUGUGGGUGCAGAAGAGGGGCAUGGGAGGUUGGCUGGAGGGGGGAGACAGGUGAUGCCCCCACAGAUAUGGUGCAGUUAGGCAGGGCAGAGUGAGUUUGAAGGAGGGGUGCAAUUUCAGGAUCAGAAAGGAAGAGUCCCAGUCUGUGGCCAAGGAAAAUAGGCUGAGACAGAUGCAGACUCUGGAGGCAGCAGGGUAGGAGGCUUCCCAGACCCAGCCACGCCUGCCCUUCUUUCCCCCUCCUGUCCCCAGGAGGGGACCAAAUGCCAGGGGUGGGGGUGGGGGCUAGUUUUCUCCUGCAUCUCUAUGGAUCUUUCUCCUCUGGGGUGGAGAAGGGCUGGGGAGAGUGUGCAUAGUAUGUGUUUUUGGGGGAAGAAAGUUGGGGGGAGACAGCUGCAGCUGGCAGCACCGACCUCAGCUCCAUAGGCCCCCUCCUAACUCCCUGCUCCUCCCCCUCGCCUGUUCUUUCCUUUUCCUUUUCGGUCUAACGGGGUGGUUUAACGGGGCUGGGAUUUCAACGCAUGGGGGAGGAUGAGGGAUGUGUUUGGUUGGGGAGAGGCGACUUGGGGGUUCAGCUCCUUGGCGCCACUGUCUUCCCCUCCCUUGAGCUGCACUGAGCUGGGAAACCCAACUUAUAACAAGAAACAGAAUAUCUCUUUGGCCUUGAUGGAGUUGGGUUAGCUGUCAAUCAAAAAAUCUCCCUCACUAGUUCAAGGAAAAGACAGGAGGUUCCAGUCCCCCUGCCGAGGCUUUCUCCAAAUCCCCAGUGCAGUCAGCACCUCCCCCAGCCCAGGGCAGCUGAGGACCCGGCCGACUCUUGGGCGGCUGCUGGCAGCGUGGAGCAGAGACGUUUAGCCCUCAGCUGGGCCCGGGGCCAGACUACGACCAAGAGGACAUCAAGGGACAGAGCCUGAGAGAGACUGAACCCGAGACAGCCUGAGACAGACAAACUGAAACGUGGAGGCAGGCCCAAGAGAGGAAAGAAGGAGACCGAGCAUCAGAAUAGAAAGAAAAAGGGGAGCGAAUUAAAGAAGAAAGGCAAGAUGAAAAGAGAUAGGAGAGCCCAGAAAGGCAGGCGUGCAGAGAGGGAGGCGGAGGAAGGGAGGCCGUAGGCAGGCAAGACGGGGCAGGGGGCGAGCUGGAGGAGCAGCCGUGGCAUUGUGCAGUCCGCUGGCUUGCCGGGCCUUUGCCGCGGGACCGGCUCCGGGCGCGGCGGCCACUUCUGUCUGGACACAAAGGCUGAAGAGGCCUCCUCUCCGGCCCCUCCCAGAGUGUACCCUCCCCUCCGGCUCUGGGGGGUACACUAAGCCUGCCUGAUAUAGAACCCGGUGUUGGCCCAGACAGCCACCCAGGCGGCUGGGGCUGAGCCAUGCCCUAGUCAAGGAGCGAAGAAACAGAAGAGGAAAGAGGUUUCAUGCCUGCUUCUUCACGUCUUCUCCAGGCAACAGGGCCAUCUGCCCCAGCCUCUGCUUUCCUGGAGGAAACAGUCCCUAAGGAGCCUCUCCUAUGGGCCUCUGCUAUUUGGGAGAGUCCCUCAAGUAGACACUGGGGCCGUAAAGAGACGCCCCCUUCUCUUCUACCCCUUCGAACACCGCCUUCUUUUCAACUCUUGAGCUGCCUGCGCACCCUGCCUGCCCACUCUGCGGAGGCAGCAGCAGCGGGCAGUGAGGAUCCCUGCUGCCAUCAAAUCCCCUGUGAAACCAAGGAGGAGGUUGUCGCUUUCUUUCUUUCUUUCUUUCUUUUUUUUUUUCCGGGAGCAGGAACUCCGAACCCUUCCCACUCAGAGGCAGGCACGGCUGUGGAUCAGGAAGCAGGCCUCGCCCACAGCCCCCUCCCAGCCAAUGCCUCAUUUUCCCUGUGCCUUGCAGAGAGAGGCGGCCUUGGGAAGGGGGGCUAGAAGAGGCUGGGAGUCCCAGAGUCCACUGGGCGGAGGUCUCGCAGGUCCACAACUGCAUGUGGCCUGUAGCCCCCAUUCUCCACAUUUGCGGGGGGGGGGGGGUGACAGACCAGGGCUUUGAAGCGGACCUGCAGAUUUCCCUCAAAUCCAGGUUUGUAGGUGGGGGGUGGGGUACAAAGGAUAUUGGGGUACCAAGAAGGAAGGUCUGUCUUCUGGGGUUCAGUUACUUCUGAAUCUUCUGCCAUACUCCAGACUCCCCCUCACGCACACCACUCUCUCCAAUUUUCCUCAGGGCGGCUGGGGCAAACCGAGAAACUGAAGGCCCCUGGGAGUUCUUGUUGGGGAGGGGGAAACCCCAGCUUUAGCUCGCAGCUGUACAGUCACUCUGGUUCCUAGAGUUCCCUCCCACCCCCAGAAGACUUCGCUGGGCACCGGAGAGACCCCUGAGAGGGAGGGGCACCCUUACUCCAUCACCUGAAACCUGGGCAGCUGCGGCCACAACCAAACUAGCACCGUGGGAAGGACAGACAGAAAGACAGGUUAGAGUCGUCCCCUCCCCCUGCCCCGAGCCUUCCUUUUAGUGAUUUAAAUUCCCUCCGGUUCAAUCCACACCGUCAAGUUCGGAUUAAAUUUAAAACACGCUUUUCCCGGCGCCCCCAGCGGGCCAUCCCGGCUGCCUCAGGCAGGGAGCCCGCUCCCGGCUCCUCAGCACCCGCCCUGCGCGGAGAAGGCCGUACUCCAUUUGCUUUCAUUUUCCUUCUCCCCCUGAAAUGGGCUCAUUUCACCUCUCCACUGCCCUCUCCCCCUCCCCGCCCCCUCCCCGGUUCCCCUCUACAUUCCCCCCUUCUCUCUCCUGAUCCCUCUUUGUUGGGAAAAACACACCCACACACAACUCCUCCUAGCUAAGGCCUGCGCUGGAAGCAGAAACUGAGCUCUCCUGGCCGGCGGCGAGGAGACCCGCGUCCUGCCCCCACCCCAGGUGGGUAUCCGGGAUCCCUGCACACCAGGAGUCAGGUCCCCAAGCCCAGCAGGAGUGAAAUCCCUAGGGCCUGUGAACGUGGCCCUCUCAACGCCACGGCCUGCCGGCCCUGCAUUCCCGCCGGCGCCCCCGCCCUGCCACUCCGCAGCAAACGGGGCUAUUUCCGGCUCCCCCUACACGAUCUGGCUUUCCAGCCUGGGGAGUGGCUGGAGGGGGAGCCGCCCCAGAGCUAGAGCCGCUCCCUGCCCUGCCCGGAGCCCCAAUGGCCCUGAGCGCCUUGUUACCUGAUCUUUUAGUGUGAUGUAUGUGUCGCAAGGAAAUUUGCAGUGACUUUGGAGCCCAGACUGAGGAAGCGGAGGUGGCGAAAGGAGAGACAAUACGGGUCCGAAGUACAAUUAAGGGGCCAGAGCCGCUCGUCUCUCCCCCGCCCUCCCUGCCCGACUGCGAGCUGUCUGGCCUCAAACCUCUGGGCGACACGCGAACCUGGAGCCGGAAACUCAGCCCGUGGCGGAGGGAGUCAGAGGACUCUGCAUCCAGAAAGCAGAAGCAAAGCGCCCUUCCAACUUGGGGGCAACUUAACCAGCCCUGCUGGGUUGCAGAGAACCCAAUGAAUGAAAGUGCAAAUUCCGCCGUAUUUUCCCGAUUUUUUCCAGCCUUGGGAAGGAGAGCCCAGGGUUUGGGGCGUCUCAGACAGAAAGGCAAACCGCAUCUCCUGCGGCAGACAGACCCACAACAUGAGUGUGAGCCUGAGAUCACAGACAGGUUCAACAUUUCCCGAGGCCUCUUUUCCAGGCCCGGAGGGCGCCGAUCUCCCUACCUUCUCUCCCUCCAAGGCCUCAGGCAGAGAGACCCAGAAGACUCGGUCCCUCUGGCUUGGUCCAAUCCCGCUUCGGAAGCUCCUUCGUUACCUGCUCCUCCGCUCCCCACGGCCGCAGUUGCAGGGCAGCCGCCUCCCGCCUGGGGAGGGAAGCCCCGGCCACCACGGCCGCCGCCGCCCGCCCUCCUUCCCUCCCUCCCUCCCUCCUUCUCGCCCUCCCUCUCUCUCCCUCCCUCGCGCGCUGCCGCUAGCGGGGCCCUCCCGCGGGCAACCUGCUCUGGACCAAAUCCAGGUAUCUCCGAAAGGUUGAUAAAAGAAAGGACCUCUUACGUGGAAAAGAAAAGAAAGACCCUCACGGCAUUUAUUUUUCAUGUUCUGACCAUUGGUCGGCCUCAGUUCAGACGUCCCGAACAAGGCCCGGUAGUUGCAGAGGUGUGCGGGGCCUGCUGCCUCGCCCACGCUGACCGCCGCGCCCCACGCGCCGCGUGUUCCACACUCUGGGCCGCCGCCCCCCAGGGCAGCCCAAACACCCAGCAGACCUCAAGGUCCUUCCUACAGACUCAACAUCCGGUUGCCCGCCUCGCCGCCGGCCACAGCCCGGGAGCCCGCUCUGCUCUGUCUGCGGCCAAAGUCCACACACAAUCCACCUUGCUGGUGCUCUCGCGCCCGGCCCGGACACCCCUCCUGGCCACGCCGCCCUCCGGGCCACACGCGGGCUGCGGCCCGGCCCAGGACUUCGAACCUCGCUCCUUGCAGGACCCACACAAAGCCCUGAGCCCUGGCAUUCCCACCCGCAGCCCCCAGUCCCUGCUGUCGCCGCCUCCUUCACCUGUUCUCGGGAAGGGCUGCAUCUCCGAGACGGAGCUAGGCGGUGGGCCGGGUCCAGGUCCCACAGAAGCCACAGCGGAUCUUCCGGGCUAA